AGAAAAUUAUUUAAGAAUAUAGUUUGAGCCCCUUACACUGCUUGAUCUCCCGGCCUUUGAAAGUUUUCUUUCAUUCUUAAGAUUUUUAGUUGGUCUCUCUCCAUGGGACCACAGCCUUAAAAAACCAGUACCCAUAAAACAAAACUAGACAAUUAUAAUCUUCUAAAAGCUAGUCUGCCGACGUUUGGGCAAAACGAAUUAACUGGGUUUUGAGCAGCUGAGGUGCAAAAUCUGUAGAAGGAUGGAUCGAUUGAACAGAGACAACAUGGGUAUGUUGGCAAAGCCAGAAUAUCCCGUCAUUGACAAAAACCCCCCUUUUACAAAAACUGUGGGAAAUUUCAGUGUACUGGAUUACAUCCGUCUUUCGACCAUCACUGGCGUUUCCAUUCCCGUGGGAUAUUUAGCAGGUGGGAACUGCAACUUGAGGGGACCAUCCAUGGUGACAGCAGGGUUAAUUGGGCUGAUGGGUGGCUUCAUGUAUGCUUAUCAGAACUCUGCUGGUCGGCUCAUGGGUCUCUUCCCUAAUGAUGAGGAUGUUGCUUAUUAUAAGAAGAAGGGAAUGCUAUAGAUAAGGGUGUGUUUGUUAUUCAUUUUUUUGGUUCUAAGUGCUGCAAACAAUGUGGCCUCACUUGGGCUGAAUUUUGUAGGCAUGAAGGAUUCUGCAAUGACACAAUUAAAUAUGGAACUGCAAUGAUUGGUAUUCUUAUUGUAUACUGUCUAACAUUUAUGAAGAAAUAUUUGGGGUGUUGCAUUGUUAUUGUAAGACAAUUCCAAAUGCCUAAUAUACAUUUUUCUUUGUAUC